UUGGUCAUAGUGCAGGUUGGAAUUCAACCAAUCACGUAAGAGAUGUGUUUGACAGGUAUAAAUAUAAACAGCUGAUUUAAAUUGUGGAUUUCUAACCAAAAAGUACACUUGUGAAUUGCGAUUUUUUUAUCAGUUUGUCUUAUUGUUGUUCAUAUAAUAUAAAUUUUGUUGACUCGAGAUUGGUGUUGAAGUUACCCUUUGUUACAAGAUGAGUGUACCACGUGCAAAGCGUGUUAUCUUUAGUGAUAAUGACAUGAAUAUGUUAGUGGACUUGGUGUAUAAGUAUAAACAUAUAAUUGAAUGUAAGAAAACAGAUGCACUGACAUGGAAAGACAAGGAUGCAACAUGGAUAAAAAUAUCAGAUGCUUUUAAUGCAAGCGUCAUGGAGAAGAAGACACCUGAGCAACUACGUACCAAGUACGACAAUUUGAAAAAGGAUGCAAGGCGAUACUUUGCAAAGCAGAGGCAAGAUAUUUAUAGAACAGGUGGGGGUGUUAUUGAAAAUGUCAUCAGGGAUAUUUUAAAACAUAUUUUUGAAAAAAUACGGGUUAUUACAACCCUUUCUAUGGAAGGCAUUGAACCACCUGUUGGUGAUAGCGAUUUUUGUAGUUUAAGUACUUCUGAAACAAGCAACUUUGAAGAGACAUCUAAGUCUGUGGCAGAGGCAGGUGAUGACGACCAACAUUUCACACAACCUCUUAAUGAUAAAAUGCAAGAUGUUGAAGGCAUAGAGGUGGUAUAUGUAGAACCUUGUGUAGAAGAAAGUGUGGCAAGUACACCAGCAAACGAUUGGAGUACCUACACACCAACUAUGUUGCGGACAAAAAAACAAAGAGAUUUUAGACACUCAUAAAUUAAAAAAGGAAAAUUUAAGAUUAAAAUGAGUUGCUAUCCUUACAAAUUAAAAAGCUAAAAGAAACAAAUAGC